UUUUGCUGUGGGAUGUUGAUUUUGGAGUUUUUCCUCCACCGGGGAUGUAUAUCAAAGGAUUCCCAAAAGUAAUGUACGAGGGUUUUCUCCAAAGAAUAGAUACUUCUAUUCAGUUGUACGGUAUUGCGAACGGAAAAUCUUACAAUCAGAGAUCACUUUCGUCUCUUGUUAAUGAAACAUUCUUUGGUGAAUUAAGCGAGUUGGAACCAACAAAGCUUGGAUGUCCGAAAGCUGUAAGUGUUCCACGCCUCAUGGCUAAUGUUACAGAGAUGCAGCACUAUCGAUGUGAUCCAUCGGACAGGUCAUUCCAUAUCUACACCACACGGAAGUCUGUACACCCCAAUGAGAAACUUCUGAAACCUUUGAAUCAUGCAUUUGAACAAAAUGAAGUUCAAGAGAUUUGCUACCCAAGUUCUGUAUCAUUGAUAUCACCAAGCCAGCGAAGAAAAAUACUUACCAUUUCCUCCAUCUUUUCCAAUAGCAGCCUACAUAAGACAGAGAAGGCAAAGGAGGAUGCCAGUCAAUUUUAUUGUCAUGCGCAGUCGUAG